AUGACUACAUUGUACGAAGACGUGGAUCCGGUGUCAUUCUUGGCGAAAUCCGGGGUUGAAGUAACCUCUUGGGCAGUCGAGCCGAGCUCGAAUCCAGACCCAAAUCGCCGAGUCGAUGAGUUCUUCACUGUUCAGAUAUACUAUCAUGAUACCUACAUCAACGUCGACAAAAGUGGGAGUUUCAGGUUAGAGAGAACAAGUCCAUAUAAUCGUCCAAAAGUACAAGCUGACGUUUUACAGUGGUUAUUAGAAUUUGAUGUGGAUGGCGAGGCUCAUGGUUGUGCCAUUGAUGUGGUGGAUGAUACAUGUGAGACCUUUCUUGAAGAAAUUUCAACACUAGAUCGUAAGUCUUUUGCAAUGGUUGUCCAGAUUAAUGUGGGACCAGAAUAUGAGUAUGAUGAGGAUAUGGAUAUGACUAAUACGGGUAUGGAUCCCCAAGAACCCAUAGACACUGAUGAAGAGAAAAAGGCAUGUGCCAAAGAAGUAGAGACGUAUCUACGUACUAACAAAAUUAUUAGGCCAACUAAGGUUGAUACAGGUUGUUCUUGUUCGAUUUGCUUCGAGGAGUUUGAUAAGUCGUACAAUAGUGGUGAACAAGAAGUUGCAAGUCUCGCUUGUUCUCAUAUUUUUCAUGGGAGUUGUUUGGUUUCUUGGAUUCUCGAGAAGAAAAGUACUUGUCCAUUGUGUCGAUCUGAUUUCAUCAUGUCUUGCUAA